AUGGCUUCACGACGUUCCUUGCCCAUGAUGAACGUCGUCAACUUGCUCAGGUUGAUCGUUUUCUUUACUAUCCUCAUUUUUGGCCUUAUCGUAAUGGGCUUAACAGCCCAUUUCGCCGAGAUCCUUGUACCAUCUGAUCUAACUCGAUUUGUCACUGUUGGACUGGUAGUAUCUAUCAUCACGCUCAUCAUCACGACAGCAAUAUUUCUUUUGGGCAUCUUUCGCACGUACAUAUAUGCCGCACAAACGAGAAUCGAACUUGCAUGGCUUGGUGUCCUAGCUGUAUUAUGGAUGGCUCUUGCCGUAUUUUUAUCAGCGUCUGCAGACGUGGAGAUUGAUUGCGCUGAUGCUGGAGGGGCGAUUCAAGAGAAUCAGAGCGUCGGAAUGACAUCCGAUGAAUUCGAAGCGGAGUAUCGCGCCAUGCAGGCGUGUUCAUUUAUCAAUGCCAUUCUGCUUGUUGCCUGGUUUCUCCUCCUUUUAUCCUUUGCUGUGGCGCAUCACUUUUCGGGUUAUAAGGAAGUGUGGCGAACGCCUGUUGCCGACUACGGCUGGUUCAUUAACCCUCUUGGUUCCCGUCGCCGGCGGGCGAUGGAUGAGAAGGUCAAGCAAGCUCUUGGUGGUUUGUCCAGCGAGACCUCUCUCUCGACGGAAGAGGAGAUUCUAGGACGAUCACGCACAAGACACCGGGUCAGGGAGCGGGACCGGGAAGCAGUAGGACGGAACGCUCUCCUUCCCGUCGCGUUGUUUCGUCCUUUCUACGCAAUUCCAGAGGGGGCUACCAACCGACCUAAGCCAGCACGUGCUGCUACACAGCCUAUCAUCGACAUAUCUGCUCGACAGACAAACCCUAUCCAUGCACUCGGUUCAGGUCAUCCAGCCAGUCGCCCAACAACACCGGUGCGACCUGCCCCCCCCGUGCGAAUGAACAGCACCCCACAACCCGGCAGACAGGCCACCCCACCGCUUGUGACCGCGUUGUCUCGGAAUGUUUCAGCUAAAUCAGCGCAGACUUUCAUGACGGCCAAGUCGGCACAGUCCGCGCGGACACCAGUCGUGCCUUCGCAGCGACCUCGCACACCUGUAACCACGACGCCCCAACGCCCUCGCACACCUGUUACGGCAGGGCCACCACGCCCCAAGACACCAGUCAAUGCUGUGCAGCCUGCCCGCAGCGCCGUGCCACCCACGCAGCGACCUCGCACGCCAGUUUCAACGUCACAACCGGGGCGUCCACCAACGCAACCAGUCCGAUCUGCAUCACAGACAGCAGUACCACAGCGAACAGGAAGUCAGUCAUCACCAAUUAGACCGGUUGUUGUUCGGACAGCAAGCACACCCCAGUCGGCACCCGCGGGGCAACCCCCCUCUGCUCCGACCUCCCGAGCAAGGCAGACUUCUUCUAGCCAACGUCCCCGACCACCGCCGAUUGUGACGACGACUUCCGCCGCUAAACAACUUCCCAGUCCGGUUGCUCCCCAGGCAGGCCUGCAUUGA